AUGGUGGGAGGUCUAGUGCUCCCCCAGCCGCAGCACCAGGCCGCCACGCCAAGAACCUCCGCCCCGGCGCCGGCGACGACAACGCAGGCGCUGGAGCAGGCGCCAUGCUGCGCCACGGUCUCGGCGCGGCCCGUGCGGGGCCUGGACGAGGUCAGGAAGGCGCACGCGAGGAACUUCAAGCUCGGCCUCGACCGCUCCCCGCCGCACCUGCGGCCGCUCCUCGCGGCGUGCGCGCUCGGGGAGUGGCCGGGCAGCAUGGAGUACGCGGCGGCCAUCUUCUCCACGCUCGACGAGCCGGAGGCGUUCGACUACAACACACUGAUGCGCGGCCACGUCGUCGGUGGCCGCGACCCCGCGGCCGCUCUGCGGCUGUACGUCGACAUGCUGAACGACGGCGUCGAGCCCGACGGCUACACGUUCCCGUUCGUCCUCAAGGCGUGCGCGCAGCUCGCGGCAUUGCGGCAAGGGAGGCAGCUGCAGGGACACGCCGUGAAGUUCGGGUUCCUCGGGCACGACGACCACGCGCAGAACAGCCUCAUCAGCUUCUACGGCAAGUGCGGCGAGCCGGAGCUGGCGCGCCGGGCGUUCGAGCAGAUGGAGGCCGGGGAGAGGACGGCGGCGUCCUGGAGCGCGCUGCUCGCGGCGUACACCAAGGCCGGGUGGUGGGCUGAUUGCCUCGACUCAUUCGCCGCGAUGGCGCGCGACGGGUGGAGGCCCGACGAGAGCUCCAUGGUGAGCGCGCUCUCGGCGUGCGCGCACCUGGGCGCCUACGACGUCGGCCGGAGCGUCCACUGCGCGCUGCUCAGGAAUACCGUGACGCUGAACACGUUCAUGGAGACGUCCCUGGUGGACAUGUACGCCAAGUGCGGCUGCAUCGAGAAGGCGACGGCGGUGUUCGACGGCAUGGACGGCAAGAAGAACGAGUGGACGUACAGCGCCAUGGUGUCCGGCUUGGCGUUGCACGGGGACGGGCGUAAGGCGCUGCAGGUGUUCGACGCGAUGAUCAGGGAGGGACACCAGCCCGACGAGGCCGUGUACGUCGGCGUGCUCAACGCGUGCAGCCGCUCGGGGCUGCUCGAGGAAGGCCUCCGGUGCUUCGAUCGGAUGCGGCUCGAGCGCAAGGUGGCUCCCAACGCGCAGCACUACGGCUGCAUGGUGGACCUCAUGGCCCGCGCCGGGAGGCUGGACGAGGCGCGCGCGCUCAUCGGGAGCAUGCCCACGGGUCCCACGGACACGGCCUGGCGGAGCCUGCUCAACGCCUGCCGGAUCCACGGCGACAUCGAGCUCGCCGAGCGCGCGCUGCGGGAGCUGGCGCGCCUCGGCGGCGCCGUCAACGCCGGCGACUACAUAAUCCUCGCGGACAUGCACGCCAGGGCCGCGAACUGGGACGAGGCGGCCGCGCUCCGGACGGAGGCGGUGGAAAGGGGCCUAGCGCAGGCGCCGGGGUUCAGCGCCGUGGAGGUGCACGGCGAGAUGCACCGGUUCACGUCGCAGGACCGGUCGCACCCCCGGACGGCCGACAUCUACGAGAUGCUCCACCAGAUGGAGUGGCAGCUCCGGUUCGAGGGCUACAAGCCAGACACGUCGGAGGUGGCGCUGGACGCGGACGACGAGGAGAAGCGGAGCGCCGUCGCCGCCCACAGCCAGAAGCUGGCCAUGGCGUUCGGGCUGCUCAGCACGCCGGAAGGCACUCCGGUGAGGGUCGUCACCAACCUCCGGAUGAGCAAGGAGUGCCACGCCUACAGCGCGCUGAUAUCGGAGAUCUUCGGGAGGGAGGUCGUGGUCAGGGACCGGAAGCGUUUCCACCGGUUCCGGCGUGGCACCUGCAGCUGCGGGAACUAUUGGUAG